CCAAACCAAACCCAACCCACUCUUCCUCCAUCAAUCAUAAUCAUCAUUAUUUUCUUUUUUCGAUAAUUCCAAUGCUCCUCAUUAUUCCUUUCCAUUCAAACUGACCAACAAAAAUAUAACUUACUGUUUCCACCGUUGGGUGUGGACUUUAAGUCUUUGCUUGACUUCACCUCAUCACUCAAACUGAACCUGGGUUUUCAGAUGUUUUCACGCAUACCCAUUUCAGUUUUUGCUUCAAUUUAGAAAAUCUGAUUCAUUUUCUUGGUGGGUUCUUGUUUUAAACCCUUUGAAGUAAGCAUUUUUUUUGUUAAUUUAAUUGUGUUAUUCGAUUGUUGAUUGUGGAGUUUUUGUAUAUAGUUUAUUGUUAUGUUGCCCGAAUCUUCUGGUUCGAGUUUGCUUGUGGCUUUGCCUGAUGAUAUAUUUGUAAUUAUAUCAAGGUUUCUGCUACCAAGGGAUAUAUUUAAUCUUAGUUUAUGUUGUAAGAGUUUGUGUGCGCUUUUGGCUUCUGAAAAAAUUUGGCUUACACAGUGUGAUGUGGUGGGAAUUCUUAGCAAUGGAGACCUUGUUGAAUGGAGAAAGGGGGUGUCUUCGUAUAAGGCGCUUUGCCGCUUUCUCAUUAAUGUUAAGCCAUUGAUUGGAAUUUGGGUUCACCAGAACCCUGAGCUUGGCAAUGUGGUGUAUGUUAUGCCUGGUUUUGUUUCUGUGGUUGGGUGCCGGAUAAUACCUCAAGAGCUUGGUCCACUAGGCAUUGAGGAUGGCCCCAUUUUGUGGGCGCCAGUUUUUGAAAUUAUUGGUGAUUUCAAUGGGGAUAUGACGUUUUUUCUUCAUGGAAAGGAGAAAGGAAGUGAUUAUUUUUAUCCGGGUUCGGUAAAGGGUAUUGACCAGAGCUGUAAUGUAUUGUUGCUUGAGGUUCAGCUUAAGAAACAGAAAUAUAAGUGUAAAUUGUUGCAAAGUAAGAGCUUUGGUCAUUGUUCGGAGGAGGCAUCAAAGAACGUUUGUAGGUCGAAUAGUAAUUUGUCCAGGUCACAGAGGGGAUUUGAGCUAAGUGAGGCCACAGUACCUUUCAGCAAGUUGGCUUUUAGUGAUAGAAGAAAGUUGCUUGAGGUUGUAACCGGCCAAGUUCGUCUAGAGGUACCUGAUGCAGCACAUGGGCCACUAUUUCCUCAUUUUAGCGAUGAUAUGGAGAGUUUAAAAAAUGAUUUGGCUGUAUUGUUGGAACGAAGAAAUUUGCUUCUGCUGCUGUACAACCACGGAGGAGACAAUAUCAAUUGGAGGGCAGGUCCUGAACUUCCUUUAGAUCCUACUCAGCUAGAAUUGAGUGAGAUCAGAAAGAGUCUUGAUUGUUCAGGUGGUUUACAUGGUUCACUCAAUGGGGAUCAUGGACACGCACAUAGCAACAAGACGAGAACUCUUGGAGGGUAUUUUAAGGAUAGUAUUAGGCAGAUUUUAGGGAAGUCUAGUUCAAUAAAUACCAAUCGUGCAAUUUCAAAGAAUAGUUCUUCAGGAAGUGAGAGGCAUGCACAACUUCAGGAAUUUCUGAAAUCAGGAGAUACUAUAGGACUAACAUUACAUGCCUCCACUAUAAAGCUAUCUUCGUAUCGAGCAUGGCCGAACAUGCAUGACAGUCGGUUUGCUCUUUACAAGUUGCCUAUGCAGACACCAAGAGCAGACCAAGAGUAUGCUGGUCUAUGGGGAGGAACUUUUGGUUGGCCACCUGGGAGGCCUACUGAAGACAAGCCUGGAAAAGCUUUGUUCUUUCUUUUGUUGUCUUAUGAGGAGUCUCGUGGGCAAAGGAUUCUUAUUGCAACCAAAAUCUUGGAAGGCACUCACUAUGUUUUGCAUCCAAAUGGGUCAGCAAUGUUUAUAGUGAAUGUAGAUGAGCCCUCAGUGGAUCCAUUUCCAUGGGAUACUGAUGCAGAUUCCCUUCCAGUGAAUGUUAAGCAUGCUUUCACUGGAGAAGGUAUAGCUAAUGGGUAUGGUUUUAGAUAUCCAGGCUCAAAGCCUGGUUCCCUCUUUGUGACUCAAAAUGGCAUACUUGCCUUCAUUUGGAAAGAAUCCAGAGCUGUCUUGACCUUGCAGAGGCUUAACUUGCCAGAACUUUUGAAGAAAGGUGAAAGAGUCUCUGCUCUACCUCCAAUUGCAAACUUCUCUUAUUUGACCAAGUCCUACUCAAAUGUUUUUGCUGGCUUCUCAAACACAUCUACGUUUUCAUCUUCCCCAAGACAAAACCAUAGGUAGGAUAUCUUUGAGCAUCAAAAUUACUGCACAAAGCAAAGCUACGAUUAGUGCUGCAGUGCCAUGUGAUAGCCUUGUAGCUGCUGGUGAUGGUUGAAGGUGGCAAACAUCAAUUGGCCUAAGCAUGGCAUAAGAUUCUUCUCCAUAGAUUACAUGAAGUUGCGGUAAAUCUCAUUGUGUUAGUACAAGAUUUUCCAUGAGAUUUAGAUUCUCAUGGAAAUAAGUGUUACGUUUAAGCAUCGGUGUGAGUGUGGUAUUUUACUAGUGGAAAGAAAUAAGAGAUAUUAUUAAGUGUCUUGGUGCAUUUGGAUUGAAGAAUAUGAAAACCAAACUGCUCUCCCCCUAUUUCUAUUUCGAGUGGAUUUAUGAUUCCCUUUA